AUGCCGGACGACCCUCUGCGCCCCGUGUUCGCGCCCCUCGGCGUCGCGGAGCUCUCCGGGAAGAAGGCGGAGUACAGGAAGGUGAACGUCCCGUCGAACCGAUUCACGCCUCUGAAGGAAAACUGGAUGGCGCUGUACGAGCCGGUGACGAAGAAGAUGAAGAUCGACAUGCGCAUGAACUUGAAGGCGAAGAAGGUGGAGCUGAAGACGACGAAAGAAACGGAAGACGACGGCGCGUUACAAAAAUCCGCGGACUUCGUGCAAGCGUUCUUGCUCGGGUUCGAAGUCCAAGACGCGGUCGCGUUGCUUCGGCUCGACGACUUGUACCUCGAGUGCUUCGAGGUGAAAGACGUGAAGCAGACGUUGAAAGGCGAGCACAUGUCCAGAGGCAUCGGGCGACUCGCGGGUAAGUCAGGAAAGACGAAGUUCACCAUCGAGAACGCGACGCGGACGCGCAUCGUGAUCGCGGACCAGCACAUACGGAUCUUAGGCAGCUUCCAAAACAUUAAAAUCGCGCGCGACGCGUUGUGUAACCUCAUCCUCGGUUCGCCGCCGGGGAAGGUGUACUCCAAGCUGCGGAGCAUCACCGCGCGGUUGUCCGAGCGGUUUUAA